UGAUCAGUCGAUCGCGGUAAUCCAAUCUGAAAGGAAGUUCUUGCAAAAAAAUAAUAUUAUUAGUUAACCAGGAACACUCCCAAAUUAUAACACAAUGCCGCAAGCAGAUUCCGUUUUUCAAUCACGCUCCGACGGUAUCUCCGCCGAAGGGGUCAGAGAUCAAUACGCCGACGGGAAGGCUGCCCGAGUAUGGGAGAUCUUCAUCGGCGACAAGAAGAGUCGAACCGAAAAUUAUAGAAACUUUUUGGUGGAAAAGUUGCGCGACAAUGGAUGCAAACGAAUUCUGGAUGUGGCCUGCGGAACGGGCGUCGACUCAAUCAUGCUCCUGGAAGAGGGAUUCGAGGUUGUUUCAAUUGAUGCAUCGGACAAAAUGUUGAAGUAUGCCCUGAAGGAACGCUGGAACCGGAGAAAGGAACCAACGUUCGACAAUUGGAUAAUUGAGGAAGCUAACUGGCUAACGUUAUAUGACGAUAUCCAGCCCAUCAUUGGCGAGGGCUUUGAUGCGGUCAUGUGCCUGGGAAAUUCCUUUGCUCAUCUACUGGACAACUAUGGCGAUCAGCGUGAGCAAAUUCAGGCAAUCCGAAACUUUGAGAGAUGUGUUAAACCCGGCGGCUUGCUGUUGAUUGAUCAUCGCAAUUACGACAAUAUAAUGGACACCGGAGCAACCCCUGCCAAAUGCAUUUAUUACAAUAGCAGCCAUACGGCGGAUAUCAAAACGUCAGUACUAUAUGUUGCCGCCAAACCGGCGCUGGUCACAUUGGAUUACGUUAUAAGCACCGGCAGCGGGGAUGCUAGUGAGUUCCGGUUAUCGUAUUAUCCGCACAAGUUGACCGUAUUCGAGAAUAUACUUAAAACCAUUUUUGACGGAAGCAAAUCUCAUGAAAUCUUCGGAGAUUUCAAACAAAUCGAUAAUGUUAGCAAUCCUGCCUUCUACCUUCACGUCGUGAAAAAGGCCGAGUGACUUAUGGCUGCUCGGCUGUCGUAAAAUGUGAAUAUAUGUCAUCGGUGCAGAAAUAGUACACGUCUUGGAAUGUAAUCGCCUAUUUAUGGAAAAUAAAC